AUGUAGACAUGGUUAAAAAUCGUAUUCGGAAUUGCCACUUCUGCUGUGCUUGCUUUAUUGGUGAUGUGCAUUGUCUUACGUCCUUUGAGAGAUCAUAACUCUGAAGGAAAUAAUACAACAAGAGCACUCACACUGAAAGAUAUUUUAAAUGGGACAUUUUCUUAUUGGACAUAUUUUCCAACUUGGAUUUCAGGACAAGAGUAUCUCCAUCAAUCUACAGAUAAUAACAUAGUAUUUUAUAAUAUUGAAACAGGAGAGUCAUAUACCAUUUUGAGUAAUACCACCAUGCUUUGGCGAUACUCUUAUACAGCAACAUAUCACAUCUAUGACCUUAGGAAUGGAGAUUUUGUAAGAAGAAAUGAGCUUCCGCGUCCCAUUCAGUAUAUUUGCUGGUCACCUACUGGGAGUAAAUUAGCAUAUGUGUAUCAGAACAAUAUCUAUUUGAAACAAAGACCAGAAAACCCACCUUUCCAAAUAACAUAUAAUGGAAAAGAAAAUAAAAUAUUUAAUGGAAUCCCAGACUGGGUUUAUGAAGAGGAAAUGCUUGCUACAAAAUAUGCUCUCUGGUGGUCUCCAAAUGGAAAAUUUUUGGCAUAUGCAGAGUUUAAUGAUACAGAAAUACCAGUUAUUGCCUAUUCCUAUUAUGGUGAUGAGCAAUAUCCUAGGACAGUAAAUAUUCCAUACCCAAAGGCUGGAGCUAAGAAUCCUGUUGUGCGGAUAUUUAUUGUCGAUACCACUUACCCUGAGCAUGUAGGUCCCAUAGAAGUGCCAGUUCCAGCAAUGAUAGCCUCAAGUGAAUAUUAUUUCAGUUGGCUCACGUGGGUUACUGAUGAACGAAUAUGCUUACAGUGGCUAAAAAGAAUUCAGAAUGUUUCAGUCUUGUCUAUAUGUGAUUUCAGUGAAGGCUGGCAGACAUGGGAUUGUCCAAAGACCCAGGAGCAUAUAGAAGAAAGCAGAACUGGAUGGGCUGGUGGAUUCUUUGUUUCAACACCAGUUUUCAGCUAUGAUUCUACUUCAUACUACAAAAUAUUUAGCGACAAGGAUGGCUACAAACAUAUUCACUAUAUCAAAGACACCGUGGAAAAUGCUAUUCAAAUUACAAGUGGCAAGUGGGAGGCCAUAAAUAUAUUCAGAGUAACACGGGAUUCACUGUUUUAUUCUAGCAAUGAAUUUGAAGGUGUCCCUGGAAGAAGAAAUAUCUACAGAAUUAGCAUUGGAAGCUAUCCUCCAAGCAAGAAGUGUAUUACCUGCCAUCUAAGGCAAGAAAGGUGCCAAUAUUACACAGCAAGUUUCAGUGACUACUCCAAGUACUAUGCACUCGUCUGCUAUGGCCCAGGCCUCCCCAUCUCCACCCUUCAUGAUGGCCGCACUGAUCAAGAAAUUAAAAUCCUGGAAGAAAACAAGGAAUUGGAAAAUGCUUUGAAAAAUAUCCAGCUGCCUAAAGAGGAAAUAAAGAAACUUGAAGUGGAUGAAAUCACUUUAUGGUAUAAGAUGAUUUUUCCUCCUCAAUUUGACAGAUCAAAGAAGUAUCCCUUGCUAAUUCAAGUGUAUGGUGGUCCCUGCAGUCAGAGUGUAAGGUCUGUGUUUGCUAUUAGUUGGAUAUCUUAUCUUGCAAGUAAGGAAGGAAUAGUCAUUGCCUUGGUGGAUGGUAGAGGAACAGCUUUCCAAGGUGACAAACACCUGCAUGCAGUGUAUCGAAAGCUGGGUGUUUAUGAAGUUGAGGACCAGAUCACAGCUGUCAGAAAAUUCAUAGAAAUGGGUUUCAUUGAUGAAAAAAGAAUAGCCAUAUGGGGCUGGUCCUACGGUGGUUAUGUUUCAUCACUGGCCCUUGCAUCCGGAACUGGUCUUUUCAAAUGUGGGAUAGCGGUAGCUCCAGUCUCCAGCUGGGAAUAUUAUGCAUCUAUCUACACGGAGCGAUUCAUGGGUCUCCCAACAAAGGAUGAUAAUCUGGAGCACUAUAAAAAUUCAACUGUGAUGGCAAGAGCAGAAUAUUUCAGAAAUGUAGACUAUCUUCUCAUCCACGGAACAGCAGAUGAUAAUGUGCACUUUCAAAACUCAGCACAGAUUGCUAAAGCUCUGGUUAAUGCACAAGUGGAUUUCCAGGCAAUGUGGUACUCGGACCAGAACCAUGGCAUAUCCGGCCUAUCCACAAAGCACUUGUACACCCACAUGACCCACUUCCUGAAGCAAUGUUUUUCUUUGUCAGACUGAAAACGGUGCUGAUACAAGCCGGUAUCACCAUCUGAACACGUCAGAUAAACGCCUCAGACUGUUUGCUUGUGUUACUCUUUAUGCUGUUAAAUGUUGGUGUAAACAAACAAGGGAAUGUUGUUCGAAUGGCUGGCAAAAAAAUUAGGUGGACUCGGGGGUUCAAUGGAAAUAUCGUUUACAUUUUUCUGUUACUCUGUGGAAGAAGAGAAAAGGGAGCCAUGCCUUUUGCUUCAGACACAGUAUUUUAGCACCUGUUUGAGGGGAAAAUAAAGU